AUGCCCGUGUUGAUCUACGUACUCGCACCUACGACGUACCGCCUCAAGAGUUAUCGAUCAAUUGUAACUACAAUUUCACAUAAUCCAUUAACGAGUUCAUUGCAUGAUGUGCUUGAUGAAACAUCAGUAUAUCAUAGAAAAUAUUUAUUACAGGUACUAACCAAAGACUCCGUGACAGUAUCUGUUGACGCCGUUGUGUACUAUCGAGUACAUAACGCUACCAUUUCCAUUGCUAACGUUGAGAACGCUCACCACUCCACACGACUUCUGGCUCAGACUACCCUCAGGAACACGAUGGGUACUAGACCGCUGCAUGAAAUCCUCAGCGAGAGAGAAACCAUAUCCGGAAACAUGCAACUGUCAUUGGAUGAGGCUACGGAAGCUUGGGGCAUCAAGGUGGAGCGCGUUGAAAUCAAGGACGUUCGUCUUCCUGUUCAACUGCAACGUGCCAUGGCUGCUGAAGCUGAAGCCGCCCGUGAAGCCCGUGCCAAAGUUAUAGCAGCUGAAGGGGAACAAAAAGCCUCGAGAGCGCUGCGCGAAGCAUCUGAAGUGAUUGGAGACAGCCCAGCUGCAUUGCAACUACGUUACCUGCAGACCCUCAACACCAUCUCCGCUGAAAAGAAUUCCACCAUCGUUUUCCCGCUGCCAAUCGAUUUAUUGACUUAUUUCUUGAAAGCGAAAGAAGAAUCAUAGGUGACCUCGAAGGUCGCUACCACUGCUGACGAUGACAAUUUAAAAAAAAUAAAUAUUUAUUAUCGUUGGCUUAGUAUUCAGAUUUUGUAUCUCUUAAUGAUACAUUUUUGUAAAAAGAAACUGAAACGGGUUCGUUUCGGCGCGUCCACGUCAGAUGGUAUUAAAAUGAAAUAAGUUAAGCCACUGUUAUUGAAAGUACUAAAAAUCAAAUAAACAACCAUUUUGAAUAUAGAAAUAACGUCACAUUACUUUUUAGAUUUACAAAAUGUAAUAGUUAAGCCAAUUCUUAAAUUUUAUAAACGUUCCAAAGUUGUAGAUGUAUAAAUUUUAACAAUUCUUAGAUGA